UUUUGAUCGCGCAACUCCCACUCAUCAGUCACUCGAUAUCCAUAUCCGUACCGCGCUAACAGCUACUAUCCUUAUUGCAUACUCCUUCAGCGGUUCUUAACGAUAUAUACUGGUCAAAACUAGGUUUUACGCUCGAUUCCAGGGACUUUCAAUUGCUCAAAUGGUCUGGUGACUCCCCACAACCUGGUCGUAUAUUCCCCGCAGAAUGGGAGUUUUGUGGCAGAAGAAGUGAUCCAAAUGUUUCGGAAUUUUAGACGGGCCACUCCAGCUUGUCACCUCCUAGUGCCUAGGAGUACACAGCGAUCUUUUAGCAGGUAUGACGGACUAGUAAAAGUUCAGCGGGUGAGGUUCAAGAGGCCCUGGUUAAGAAGAGGCAUAUCCACGAUCCUCACCGCAGUCGUUGCGACCCAAGUGUAUUUCGCGCUCAUUGGACCUUCGCUGGAUCGGCUGGAAGACGUAGACGAAACCAUUAGUAAAGACACCGCCUUACAAGCAAAAAUUCGCGCCGAGAAAGAGAGGCAGCGCGACGAAGACGCCGUAUCAUUCAUCCCUAUUGGACUUCCCUAUUCCGUACCUGGCGGACCAUAUACUGAAGAUGAUCCUGAAUGGAAAACGUUCAGGUCAUUUGGAAUUGAAACAGCACAAUUUAAAAAAUUAAGAGAAGAGUUAUUAGUCCAGGCUACCGCGAUCGUGAAUCGAAAGCCCGCUCUGCCAGCUAUUGUCCAUGUGACUGGUUCGCCGCUUAAGCCAGUCCACCGAACCACAAUUAAGCCCUCAUUUCCGGUCGUGAAACCAUCGACCUAUGUUCAACCUGGCUUCGAGCUUAGGGAUGACGAGAUAUUUUGGACCACCCGCCCAAUACCAACAAACCGUGGCGACUGGAUUCGCAGUGUAUUCGAACCAUGGCCACUUGUGAUUGCAUCUUGGGCAGCUGGGGAGUAUUUGGUUACAGUAAAGCUAGCAAAACUUCGAAAAUUAUUGGGGUUUGAGCCCACAGAUCUGGUAGGGGAAAAUACCGCCAACAAUCAGGAUAGCAGACCCCGCGCGGGUCCUAGUGGUCCGCCCAACGUUUCUCAGUCCCCUCAGAACUACCCCUUAAUACCUAACACAACGCCAGGAGAAAUUCCAAGACAGGGGACCUCCAACGACUUUCAGCCUCAAAAGCCCAGUUCCGCUUUACGGAACCAACCCAGCUUACUAGGCGAGUCUACCUCCGACAUCCGCGAUGCUAUGAAGAUAUUUACAUUAUUCCUACUAUUAACCCGGCAAAAAAACACAAAUAAAACCCCGCAAAAGGGGGCUUUCAAGCUGAAUGGCGUUGCCCGGUUUAGAGGCCCUAAAGGCGGCUGCGAAGCACAUAUUGUGGGAAUCUACGAACCAGCGACAAAGAACUGGUAUGCGAUAGAAGUGGAGAUACUUCACACAUUUUCCUACAAAUCGAACGCCGCUAACAGGCUACCGCCUCGAAAAGCGGUACUGGAAUCGAAGGCGUCGGAUUCUUGAAAUUCUCAUGGCCUAGAUUAGAGUACACAGGACGCACUUGUACAUUUAUUAUUAUCAUUGCUUUUUCCUUCCUAUAUGACAAGGUUCCUCACGUCAGGUGGUUCCUGUCAUUUGUCAUACUAACAUUUUCUUCUUCUUUUUUUUUCCCAGCGGUUUUGGUUUUCUCUAGACAUUUGCUUCCACGCACUGGCACUUUCUUGCUCACGCCACUUUUUAUAUAUAUCUUUUUUGCAUCCGUGUUUAUCUCGAUUGGUGGGUGGCGGCGUCUAAGAUGUUUUGCACGGGAAAUAUUAGGUAGUUGUUUUUAGGAUGGGGAUGAAUAAACUUGUCCCCUUAAAUAUAUGUAUAUAUAUGUCACGAAAAAUCUGCCCAGAUAAUCAGCCUUUGAUUAAGACGAUGAAGCACGUCGUCACUGAGGACCCUGUCCAUCUAUUCUCGCAAAGGACCGAAAGCUUGUAACUAAGUGGACAACAAUUGGAUAAGCAUGGGCCCUCUUUUAGGGAGGGUGCGAUUAUUCCAAGGUUAUCUGCCACUGAUGGCUUCUGAAGAGCCUCCGAGGAAAAAUUUAAGCUGGGCUUUUUAGCCAGAAGGCGUCAUAGGGGCCGCAGAGCAAAAGGGCUAGACUCCCU